CCAGUGUUUACUGGAGCGGGUGAUGUCUGUACUAUUAAGUGUCCGUCUGCUGCCCCUGCUCUGGGGCUGCUCCUGUCUCUGCCUAUCCAGCCUGGCAUCAGGAGCUCUGCUCAUCUCCAGGGACAAUGAACCUUCUCAGGAGGAAACGGGAGCUGCCAGAUUGCUUCAGAAACGAAGUGCACAUGGGACCAUGGUGGAGGUACACAGUGUGAUGGUGGACUGCACUGUGACGUCUCGCUUUGCCCACACCGUCAUAACCUCACUGGCUUUAAACAAAGCAAACCUUUCGCAGGAAAUCUCUUUCGAGGUGGAGUUACCAAAGUCUGCCUUCAUCACCAACUUCAGCAUGGAGAUUGAAGGUCAGGUAUAUGUUGGAGAGGUGAAGGAAAAGGAGAAGGCCAAGAAACAGUACGAAAAGGCUGUUUCCUCUGGCCAGACAGCUGGACUUGUCAAAGCUUCUGGGAGAAAGAUGGAGAAGUUUUCGGUGUCUGUCAACAUUGCAGCCGAGAGUAACGUGACAUUUGUCUUGACCUAUGAGGAGCUCCUGCAGAGGAAAAUGGGCCAGUACGAGAUUUUAACCCGAGUUAAGCCCAAAACCCUGGUCAAGCAGUUUCAGAUUGCCACAAAUAUUUAUGAGCCCAAGGGCCUUUCUCAAGUUGACGUCAGCACAACGUUCCUCUCCAAUGAGCUGCUCCCUCUGGUGGAGAAAACCGUCACAGACAAAAAGGCGCACAUCUUGUUCUCACCUUCCAUGGAGCAACAGAGGAAGUGUCCGGACUGUGAUGGAACGCUCAUUGAUGGGGAUUUUGUUAUCAAGUAUGAUGUGAACCGGGAGACGGGCCUCGGAGACAUUCAGAUUGUGAAUGGAUAUUUUGUGCACUUCUUUGCUCCGCCUGACCUACCCGUAGUCCCCAAGAAUGUGGUGUUUGUGAUAGACAAAAGUGGAUCAAUGGCCGGCAGAAAGAUCGCUCAGACACGAGAGGCGAUGGUGGCCAUCCUGGAAGACCUCGACGAAGAGGACCACUUUGCACUCAUCCAAUUUGCUACUGAAGUCUCACUUUGGAGCGAGACCCUCACCAAAGCAACCAAGGAAAAUGUGGCAAAAGCCAUUGACUACAUCAAAAGUCUCAAACACGGUGGAGGUACUGAUAUCAACAGUGCAAUGAUGAGCGCUGUGAGCUUGCUGAGCCAGGACAGACAGGCCAAUAGGCUGCCGGAGACGAGCAUUGAUAUGAUUAUCUUACUGACUGAUGGAAUGCCAAAUGCUGGAGUGUCUGAUAUACCAAUGAUUCAAGAGAAUGUCCGUGCUAGUAUUGGGGGAAAUAUGUCCCUCUUCUGUCUUGGAUUUGGACAUGAUGUGGACUACUCAUUCCUGGAUGUGAUGAGCACGCAAAACAAUGGCCUGGCCCGCAGAAUCUACCAGGGCUCAGACGCAGCGCUUCAGCUCCAGGGUUUCUAUGAGGAGGUGUCCAGCCCCUUGCUUUUAGAAGUGGACAUGCAAUAUCCCAAAAAUACAGUGGACUUUGUCACAACCAGUCACUUUAGUCAGCUGUUUAAUGGCUCGGAGAUCGUGGUGGCCGGUCAGCUGAUGGACAACGACCUGGACACCUUCCUUGUGGAGGUGCUGGGCCAGGGGUAUGAUGAUGUCUUCAGGGCGUCGGGCCAGGCAGAUGUCCUGGACUGGAGCAUGAUGUACCCAGAUGAGCAGUACAUCUUUGGAGAUUUCACUGAGCGUAUGUGGGCCUACCUCACCAUCCAGCAGUUACUGGACAAGAGUAAGAGUGGAGAACCAGACGAGAGAACCAACGCCACAGCUGAGGCCCUGGAAAUGUCCCUGCGGUACAACUUUGUCACCCCGCUCACCUCGAUGGUUGUGAUCAAGCCUGAAACAGAGGACGGACCAGACAGGCCUCUCAUCGCCAACAAGCUGACUGAAGACCAAAGACAACAAGCAGAAAAAAUGGGGUAUCAAUAUAUGAGCCCUGCGCUACCCGCUUCAUAUGUACCUACGUAUUUUGUGGAUGGAGACCCUCAUUUCAUGAUAGAGCUCCCUGAUAACGAUGAUGCCUUGUGCUUCAACAUCAACAACAUACCGGGAACCAUCUUCAAUCUGGUUAGAGACCCAAAAUCAGGUAUUUUAGUCAAUGGUCAAAUCAUUGGAGACAAGAAGAUUCUUCCUAAUGGAGUAAUCAACACCUACUUUGGGCGUUUCGGCAUCAUCCACCAGAUUUUGGGGUUCAGGAUGGAGGUGAGCACUCAGGAAAUUUCAGUGUUCCAGGACGACAAACAGGUCAAACUGUUAUGGACCGACACGGCCUCUCUCAAGGGACCCAAAGUAGAUCUUCUGGUCACUAAGGAUCGCAGCCUCACAGUAACACUGAAGGACUCAGUUAAGUUUGUGAUCCUGCUACACAAAGUCUGGGCGAAGCACCCGUACCACCAGGACUACCUGGGUUUCUAUACGCUGGACAGCCACCUCUUGUCACCGUCUGUUCACGGAUUGCUGGGUCAGUUCUAUCAUGGUAUUGCAUAUGAGGUGACAGACUUGCGUCCAGGCGAGACACCAGAGAAACCUGAUGCCACCAUGCAUGUGAAAGGACAUGACCUCAACGUAACCAGAGGCUGGCAACGAGACUUCAGGACCAACGUGAAGGAAGGAGAACAUGUUCCCUGCUGGUUCAUUCACAACAAUGGAACAGGCCUCAUUGAUGGAGACGUAUCAGACUAUGUUGUGUCAGGCCUUUUUAAGACUGUUUAAAAGCAUCUGAAAGCACUGAAAUCAUCAGUUAAAAAAGAUAAGUGAAUUAAAGCUGCAAGCAGCGUCGGCCGGGCCCUCGCACCUAUGCCCCCCCUGCUAACUUCAGUGAAUGCUUUUUUCAUUCAAUAAAAAAAAAGUUCAAUAAAACCAGUAACUUUGAUCAAUUAUAUUCCAUUUUUGUAAUAGUUUUAAACAUUUUGUGUGUCCCUGAAACUGCUGUCUACCAUGUUGUUAUGGGGUAAUUGACCAUUAAACAGAUCAACACCAA